AUGUUCAAAGCGCCCAAUACUUCCCAGACAUCACUAGCGUCUACCAAGGAGAAAGAGCUCCCGCCGAUUCCGUCGGAAACGCGGCAUGGCGAGGAUCCGCCGUUGCUUGCGCCCAAGUCGCUCAACCGCAAGAACGUCAAGCACCUCUCCUUCACGCCGCCGCUGCCUGCUCCGCCGGCAGACUACUCGGGCGAGUUUUCCCGCUUUGAGCGGCUCGACCUGCUGCAAAAGAAGAACCGCCUCCGCCCGGCGCCCUUGCUCAACUUGCACCUGCCGUCCAAGGCGCCGCAGCCCACCAUCAUAGACAGUCUCCAAGGGUUGGAGUUGGCGGAGCCUGCUGUCGGAGCGGCGUCGACGCAGCGGAAACGCCAAACGGUCAUCAGCUCCAUCUCGCCCACGCGCUCCGUGUACACGCCGCUGCCCCGUGAGGCGUCUCUGCCCGGCUUCACGUCGGCGUCUUCGCAUACAUCUCCGUUGCCCACCACGCCCGUUUCGACCGUGUCUUCGUCGCACAGCAUUCGCGACGAGGACCUUGUGCAUCUCAAGGACUUGGGCGCCGGCAACUUCGGCGUGGUGCUGAAGGUGGUGCAUGUGCCGCUGCUGAAAACCAUGGCCAAGAAAAUCGUCCAUGUGGACCUGAAGCCCGAAGUGCAAACGCAAAUCAUCCGCGAGCUCCGCAUCAUGCACGAGUGCCGGUCGCCGUACAUCAUUGAGUUCUACGGGGCGUUUGCGCGGUCCAACAAUGCCAUCGUCAUCUGCAUGGAGUAUUGCAACUGCGGUCUGCUCGACAAGAUUGUACAGUUGUGCGAUCCGCCGCAGUUCCCGCUUUUCGUGCUCCGCAAAUUGCUGUAUGCGAUUCUUCUGGGGCUCAACUAUCUCUACCACACCCACCGCAUCAUCCACCGCGACAUCAAACCUUCCAACGUGUUGAUGACGCAUCGCGGCGACUUUAAGCUCUGCGACUUUGGUGUUUCUCGUGAGCUCACCAAUUCUCUUGCUAUGGCCGACACUUUUGUUGGCACGUCGACUUACAUGUCUCCAGAACGUAUUCAGGGUCUUACGUACGGAGUUAGGUCCGACGUAUGGUCGAUGGGGCUUAUGCUUUACGAGUUGGCCUCGGGCCAAAGAGUAUGGUAUGAAGAUGACGUUGACGAUGGCGGUUCUCGACCCGCAGGGCCCGAAGGCAUCUUGGAUCUCCUACAGCGUAUUGUCAACGAAAAGUCGCCCACUCUUACGGGAAAAUCAAACCGCUAUACGCAUGAGCCGUACAAUGCGGACUUGUGUGAUUUUGUGGACCAUUGUUUGGUCAAAAACGACCAGCAGCGCCUGUCACCCCAGGAACUCUUGCAAGAACCUUUGUUGGACGGCGUGGCUCAGGGCGUAUACGAUAAGGAAGUUCGGGCAUGGGCAAAAGUCAUUCGGAAGCGACACAAGGAGCACAAUGGACACGACUAG